AUGGGUUUCGAAACCUCUGCCCAACAUGGGGAGUCCAUUACCCCAGCCCAGCAGCCCGGCGUUCUCCAGCCCUCCUACGAAAGCACCCCCGAGCAGAAGCCCAUGCGACCUGCUGGUGUUGAUACCCCAAUUCCUCGGAUCACCUUGCGGUCCUUGGUGAUGGCCCUCUUUGUUUCCAUGGGUGGUCUGCUCUUCGGAUAUGAUACUGGUCAAAUUUCCGGAUUCCAAGAGAUGAGCAACUACCUGGAGCGGUACGGUGAGCUCAAUUCAGACGGUUCUUAUCAGUUCAGUACCGUGCGAUCUGGUCUCAUUGUUGGUUUGCUCUCCAUCGGUACUUUGAUCGGUGCCUUGGUUGGAGCUCCUGUCGCGGAUUAUCUGGGCCGCAAGUGGUCCAUCACCCUUUGGUGCAUGAUCCUCAAUGUUGGUUUGAUUGUUCAAAUUUCUUCUCCCUCCGGACACUGGUAUCAAAUGGUCAUUGGCCGUUGGGUCACCGGUCUCGGUGUCGGUGGCUGCUCGCUGCUUGUGCCCAUGUACCAGGGUGAAAGUGCCCCUCGUCACAUCCGUGGUGCUAUGAUCAGUUGCUACCAGCUGUUUGUCACCCUCGGUAUCUUCCUGGCCUACUGUAUCAACCUAGGUACUCACCACAUGGACGGCACUGGCCAAUGGCGCAUCACUCUUGGUCUAACCUUCCUCUUCGCUCUGGUCCUUGGUGGUGGUAUGGCGUUCUUCCCCGAAAGCCCUCGCUAUGAGUUCCGUCACGGAAAGGCCGAGAGUGCCCAGCGUACCUUGGCCAAGCUCUAUGGUAUUCCAGAGAACCACGUCCGCAUUUUGGAAGAGAUGGAUGAGAUCCGUGAGCAAUUUGAAGCCGAGUCCGACGACCAGAAGUGGCACGAAUUCCUCACUGCGCCUCGCAUGUUCUAUCGAAUCGUUCUGGGCAUGGUCUUGCAGUCGCUUCAGCAGCUCUCCGGUGCUAACUACUUUUUCUACUAUGGUACUACCAUCUUCGAAGGUGCUGGCAUCUCGGAUAGCUUUAUCACCCAGUGUAUCCUCGGUGCUGUAAACUUUGGCACUACAUUUGGUGGUUUGUAUGUCGUGGAGAACUUCGGCCGUCGCAAGUCGCUCAUCUUCGGAGCCCUCUGGAUGUUUGUUAUGUUCAUGAUCUUCUCAUCCAUCGGACACUUCGUUCUGGAUGUCAACGAGCCCACAAACACUCCCAAAGCUGGCAAGGGCAUGAUUGUGGUGGCGUGUUUGUUCAUUGCCGCGUAUGCUAUGACCUGGGGUCCCAUGGUCUGGGCUAUCGUCGCCGAGCUUUUCCCAUCCAAGUACCGCGCCAAGGGUAUGGCUCUUGCAACCGCAACCAACUGGUUGUGGAACUUCCUUAUCAGUUUCUUCACCACUUUCAUCACCAACGAUAUUGACUUUGCUUACGGUUACGUCUUCGCUGGCUGCCUGUUUGUCGGUGUUGGCAUUGUCUACUUCUUCGUCAUUGAAGGCAAGGGUCGCACUCUGGAGGAGCUGGAUUGGAUGUAUGUCAACAAGGUUGUUCCAUGGAAGAGCAGCGGCUUCGAAAUCCCGGAGCGCCACCAGGAUUGGAUUGCGGAGGAGAAUCCUUACGGUCGCAAGUCAAACCGUGCCUCUCACACUGAGAACGCAUAA